AUGCGAGAGGAGAAGCUGAUCCAGCGGUUGCUCCCGUAUACCAGGAUCAAGGCCAGCUUUGCCUCACAGCUGCAUUCUGCGGAUCGGUUUCUCCAGAUCAUUGCUUUUUCGCCCCUUAUCUCAAGGUCUCACAGGGCUGUGAUCACAGCCACACCUUGA